UCUCUGUCUCUCUCUGUCUCUCCCCCCGCGGUAGAGGAGCUGCUCCGGGGUUUCAUGGCGGGUUUGGAGUCCGGACUCACCGCUAACACACACCGCUAACACUGACAGCUCGUCGCGCGCUGUCUCUCUGUGUGUAUGUGUGUGUAUGUGUGUGAGAGAGCUAACCCGGCUAGCUCGCUUUAACUCUGUGUGUGUGUGUGUGUGACUCAUCCAAAACACCAGCCAUAACACACCGCUGACUUCACCCGCUCUCUGCACCGGAUCUUAUUUAUGUUUUUGUUUAUUAUCAUCAUCAUGCUCCUCCCAUAAGGAUAUUUAUUUAUAUUUAUUUAUUUAUUUUAGCCGUGCCAGUUUAUCCGGGUUUAUUCGCCUGUGAUUGUUAUUUAUAUGAGCUUAGCCGCGCUGAGUCGGACCGCAGGGACAUUACUGGACGCCCGAGCCGCUGAUGGUUCCUGAGUGACGGCUGAAGGAGCAGAAGAGCCGCAAUGAAGAAGUUUUUCGACAGCCGGCGGGAGGCGGUGAGCUCCGGGCCCGGGUCAGGGGGCGCCGGGGCCGCGGGAGGAGCGGGGGGGUCCGGGGGAGGAGGCGCCUUCAUCGGCCGCGUCUUCACCAUCGGCCGCUACCAGGUCACUGUGGAGGAGACUGUGGCUGAAGGUGGUUUCGCCAUCGUGUUCCUCGUGCGCACACACCAGGGCGUUCGCUGCGCUCUGAAGAGGAUGUACGUGAACAACGAGCACGACCUCGACGUCUGCAAGAGAGAGAUUCAGAUCAUGAGGGAUCUGGUGGGAAACAAAAAUAUAGUCGGCUACCUGGACUCCAGCGUCACGGCCGUGGGGUCAGGAGAUGUCUGGGAAGUUCUGAUACUAAUGGACUUCUGUAGAGGUGGUCAGGUGGUCAAUCUGAUGAACCAGCGUCUGCAGACGGGCUUCAGCGAGCCGGAAGUCCUGCAAAUCUUCUGUGACACGUGCGAAGCCGUCACGCGGCUACACCAACGCAAAAUUCCCAUCGUUCACCGGGAUCUCAAAGUGGAGAACAUCCUCCUGCACGACCGUGGUCAUUACGUCCUGUGUGACUUCGGCUCCGCCACCGACAGGUUCCAGGACCCUCAGGCCGUCGGGCCGGCCGUCGUAGAGGAGGAGAUUAAAAAGUACACCACGCUGUCCUACAGAGCUCCAGAGAUGGUCAACCUGUACAGCGGGAAAGUCGUUAGCACCAAAGCUGAUAUCUGGGCUCUCGGCUGCUUGCUGUAUAAGCUGUGUUUCUUCACCCUGCCGUUCGGAGAGAGUCAGGUGGCCAUCUGCGACGGCAGCUUCACCAUCCCGGACAACUCGCGCUACUCGCACGACAUGCACUGCCUCAUACGUUACAUGCUGGAACCAGACCCUGACAUAAGGCCUGAUAUCUACCAGGUGUCUCAUUUCGCCUUCAAGCUUGCACGCAAGGACUGUCCAGUACAGAACGUCCACAAUUCUCAGAUUCCCACGAAGCUUCCUGAGCCAAUCAGAGCGAGCGAAGCUGUCGCCAAAAAGAGUCAGACUAAAGCCAGACUCACUGAUCCGAUCCCGACCUUGGAAACCUCCAUAGCGCCACGGCAACGGCCCAAAGCGGGCCAGCCUCAAGCGGUCACGGGCAUGCUGCCCAUACAGCCCGCCCUCACGCCCCGGAAGAGAGCCAACGCUCCAGUGGGACCCGCGCAGCCUAUGAACGUAAGCGUUGCCUCUCCGGCUCAGAAGCCUCAGCAGCCCGUUCCUGUUGCUCAGCAGCAAGCCACACCGGCAUCCCUGCAGGCCACGCCCACUCCUCCUCAGGCCACGCCCCAGCAGCUUUUCAUUCAGCCACAAGCUCCGGGGUUCUACCCGCCUCAGCAGCAGCCGCCACCCCAAGUGCAGAAUCUCUACCCACGGCUUGAUCAGUGCACCACCUCACCUGCACCAAGAACCAAAGGCAAGGCCCCUCCUCCUCCUACUCCUACUCCUACUCCUACUCCUAGUCCUUCUCAACAGAGUCCUCCACCAGCCCCGGUGCAGACCAGAACCAAAGCCAUGGCCCCUCCCCCUCCUGUGCAGAAUUCCCAAACCGCACCCGGAUGCACAAAAAUUAAAGCCAUGGCUCCUCCUCCUCCUUCAUCAAUCCAGCAGCAGCCACCGGCGACUAAUCUUCUCGCUUCUAGCCCUCUGUCGUUUACAUCGUCUCCUCCUUCUCCUCCAGUCCAACAGGGGGCAGCAGAUCCUGACCUGAGUUCUGAGCAGAUGCCCUAUGCAGGUGGGCGCACGGGCCAUAAAGUGGGCUCCUUGACUCCGCCCUCAUCUCCUAAGGUGGCUCCUCGCGGAGGUCACCGGCGCAUUCUGAGUGACGUCACGCACAGCACCAUAUUUGGAGUUCCUGUUAGCAAGUCGACACAGCUCCUGCAGGCAGCUGCUGCCGAAGCCGGUCUCAACAAGUCCAAAUCAGCGAGCACCACCCCUUCCGGCUCGCCGCGCUCCUCUCAGCAGAGCGUGUACCCCGCGGGUGAGGUCGGUACCCAGCCUGCUGCCCCUAAGGCAGACGCAGUGGCGCAGUCUUCCUGGAACCCGUUUGGUGAUGACAACUUCUCCAAACUGACAGCUGAAGAGCUGCUGAACAAAGACUUUGCCAAACUGGAUGCAAAACCACCAGAGAAAACCUCCACAGAGAACCUGAUUUUAGGUUCACAACCUGCAGCCUUUCCUCAGUGCACAGAGAAGUUGAUAGAGGGUUUGAAGUCUCCCGAACCUUCCUCCUCCUCCUCUUCCUCCCUGCUGAUCCCUGACCUCCCUCUGAACGACCCCUUUAGUCCUGCAGACUCCAGCCAUGCUGUGACGGACUCUCUUAUUCCUGGGCUGGAGUCUCUACACACCGAUCCAGUGUUGCCAGAUGCCCUGGGUGGAGGAGAAUCUCUACUCGGUGGUCCCCUGCUCUCUCAUUCCCCAUCGGGAGUCCAGGUUCUACCUUCCCCGAUAUCCUCAACCCCGGCUCCGCCUCUGGAGCAGUUCGUUCCAGCUCCGCUGGCCGGCGCACAGGCUCCGGAUCAAAACCCGGACAGCCAGUUUGACCCCAUUCCAGUGCUCAUCUCCAAAACCCCCAGCCAAGGUGGUAGCAACAGUGGCAGCUCAGAGACCAGUCUGCCCAAUCUGACCUGCUCCCUGCUGCUGGUGGACCAGCUCAUCGACUUGUAGAAGACACAGAGAAAAAGAGAGAGAGAGAGAGAGCGAGAGAGAGAGACGGAAAAAAAACAUUCAGGGAAAAUGUGCAAUUCAUAAACAAGGCUAUAGUUUAGGUUAUGAAUGACAUCAUGAUAAUAUUCUAUAUACUGGGUCCUCCUCCUCCUCCUCCUCCCAUGUCUCUGUCAUUCAUCUUAAAGUUUUUUGUUCUUGUUUGUUUUUUCUUCUGUUGCACAAUCAUUUAAAAAAAAAUCCAUCAUGCUGUAUUUGCAUCUGGUCAGCGCUAAAUCUGUUCCACGCUAAGGGGCAGCACGAGAACCACAAUCAAUCACCUUGAUAAGAUGUUUUAAAAUUUAAAAAGCAAUCCUUUCAAUCGUUCCAAAAAUUGAGCUGUGAACCGUUAUUUCGAAGUCUGACGCAGGAAAUACAGAUCGAUAGCUCCCAUUGGUAUCAGGGACAAGAAUUUGCGUCAGUGCCCUUGGUCCAAGGAUACAUCAUCUGGGUAUCUACAAUCCAUAAUCCAGUACGGGGUGGAUUAUACCGUGAAAAGCUGCCAUGCGAAUGCGAACCAGACAUUUCCAGAGGAGUCUGCUAGGACAAGAGUAAAAUGUGGACCUGGACUCUAGGGGGCAGUGCUGCACGUGCCAAGCCGUAAAAAAUAAAGAACAGUGAACAGAGUGUCAUGUGCCACUUUAGAAAAGCGAAGGGAUAUAAGACGAAACAUAAGGCGUAUGUGAUGAGUUUUAUUUACAGUCUACAUCAGUGUUUCCUGAAGGAUGUAACUCUGCCCCUAGUGGGCUGUGAAUGUACUGCAGGUGGGCCACAAUGGACCGCUGAUAAUAUAAUAAUUCAAUAAAUUAGUUAGAAACCUUGUUAGUAUGUUUGAAAUUACCAUAAAAUAUUUAUUAUUAAAAAUUUACAUUAAAGUCAGAGAUUAAAUAAAUCUAAUAAAAGCCAUGAGAUUUUAAAUACAUGCCGUGUUUUCAAAUUUAGCCACAGUCAAGUUUUUAAGUUUGGUCUACUUUUUUUUUUCCCUCCAUGCUCUCCUCCAGAUCUUCAUUCAUCUCGCUUUCUUUUCACUGUCCAUGAAUUGCUUUGUAGAUUGAGCAAUUCAAGUUCUGUAAAUGCGUGUAGCAUCGUACCUCGUUCACUCUUGCACUGGGGCUUUGGCGCAACAACAUAAAUUUCCAAAACGUUUUUUGUUCAGGUUUUUAAGGUGCCCACACAGACCUGUAGGUUGACGCAUAUAUAUGAACAGAAUAUAUGCCAGCUAAAACUUUAAAGGGGUGGCACGGUGGUGUAGUGGUUAGCACUGUCGCGUCACACCUCCAGGGACCGGGUUCGAUUCCCGCCUCAGGGUCUGUGUGCAUGGAGUUUGUAUGUUCUCCCUGUGCUUGGUGGGUUUCCUUCAGUCCAAAGACCUGCGAUCAGGCUAACUGGCGUUCCUGUUGACUGGAGGUCUUACCACAUUCGUAAAAAUGGGAAUAAAUACAACAGUGAUCACCACUGGCCUCCACGGUCCCUAGUUGGGAACUACAGAGGUUCCUAGAUGGAUGGAUGGAAAAUAUGAAAUUCUUUUUCGCAACGAGUGGCAUAAACUACGAAUAACAGUAACUUUAAUCAAUUAAACCGCAAUAGUUUUCAAAGCAGUUGUGGUUUGUUUCAUAGUGGCGCUUUAUGUUAUGACUUUUAACUAAGCGCCAUGGAGUUGGACAAGAUGACAUCCAAAGCUAGCAAGGAAAUAAACACACUAAUUUCUCUGGCGUUUGCUUUUAACAUUCGGUUUUUAUCGUCCGCAUUUUACCUAGCUGGUCUCUGUUCCAACGAGACAUCUUCAGCCACAUAAUUUAGACGUUUGGAAAGACUUGACAGAGGUGAUCUGAUUCAGAAGCCGAUCUGGUUCACGUUUAGUAAAGAAAAGGUCACUGAAUUGUAGCUGUUUGUUAGUCAUUCCGAUGAACAGAUCAACUAUAGUAUUAUCUUGAGCGCUUGGUUAAAACCACUCGAAUGCUUUGUUUAACCUAGAUCAAGUUCUGCCAGUUCAUGAGAACUAAAAUAGACUGCCUGGGACAAAAAAAACCUAAGUACACAGACGAGUGUAAUGCAAAUUUCUUUCUCAGCAACUACAAAAAGAGGAACGCUGAGAUUUCAGGUUGUCUUCUGACUUACUGCGUGAUAUUGACAUUCCAGCCUAACCGAGGCACAACAAGCGGAGGGAGCGAAGUGUACAAGAAGUCCCUUCCCCGAGCGCACGUUUCUGCUCUGUAUACACCUGCCGUGCUUCUAUACACAUAGUCCCGGUCAGUGUAGGUGUGACCGCGGUUCCCCCCAAGCUCUUGCAUGCGCGAUAUCAAUUAUAAGAGCAUAUCAUAAAUAUCGUUAUUAGCUCACGGAAUCGAAAAAUCGCGUGACUUCAUGUACUGUAUCCACGCUGCUGUGUAUGCGCUUCGACCUUUGAUAAGAUCAAAGAUUAGAAAUUCAGCUUUACUGCUCUUCUCAGGACAUGUCGUGUGCGCACAUUAUCGUUUCCUGCCUGUGUAUGUUCCCCCACCUUAAAAUUCAUUUUGUUCUUUUGUUCAUUAUUUAUUUUAGCUUGGAUUGCUUUUUGGUUUUUGGUUUGAGUUAAUUUGACCCUUUUUGGUUAAUGUGCACUGCAUCAUUAAUGCUGUAUUUCCUGUAAGAUAAGAGUUAAAAGACGUAUCUCGCAUUCGGAACAUGUAGUUAGAGUAUUACUCAGUGAAAAAGUCUGAAAUAAACAAGUCUUAUUGUUUAUGAAUGUAUGAAGAACAUGUGCACACAACCUCCAUUAUUCUCAUCAUGUUUAUUACAGUGUCUGAAGUGUAUUUUUAUGUACAUCUGAAGUGCAAAGGACUUUUCUUACUCUGCUGUACUGUAAGAGUGACUUCUGUUUUUACGCUUUGCUGUGAAUCAGUGCGCCGCUAUUAAUCGUUUUUUAUUUUAUUUUUAUUUUUUUUUAUCUGUUGGCCCGAUAGACGAGCUGAAAACAGGCUUAAGACUUUAAAGGGGCGGUUUAUAAUAUUCAAGCGUCAAUCAGACCGAGUGUAAUCAUGUACUGUUAAAGACACAUGAGAUAAAAUGUGAUCCGCAGGCGUGCGGUGCACCGGGUGGGUGUGGCUUCUUUCAUCUUUCUGACUUCAAGCUUCUGUUUCAAAUCUUUCUUCUUCGGAAAUAAGCUCCGCCCCUGCCAGAGCACAGCGUCUGCCUGGCAUAUAUCAUAAGGAAUAUCUAGGAUACAUGUGGUGUAAAUGGUGGCUCAGGGGUUAAACCUCGGGCUCAGGGGUUAAACCUCGGGGCUGCUCACUACAUAAGAGGAUAUGAGUUCAAAUCCCAGCGCUGCCAUGUUGGGUUCUUAAGAAAAAGUUAUUAUUAUUAUUAUUUUUUGUAUGCUGUCGUAAUUGUGCUAUAAGUAAUGUUAGAUAAAAUCAUUAGCCAAAUGAUGUAAAUGUAAAAAAAAAAAAAAAAAACAGUCCCUUUAAUUGUUGCAAUCGUUUUCGUUCAUUAUUUAAAAAUCUUGUAAAGACUUCCUGUUUUCUUGUCUUUACCCGGGCUUAUGAUGGAAAUGACUUUCCUGAGGUCACAGCCUUGUUUCACACAUCAUCUGCCUCAUGCUGCAGUACCAGCGAGCGAGUACGGUCAAUCCGUCUGUUGUUGUACAUGUCUGUCCCUGUAUAAUAAAUACUACACAGAUGAAGAUGCUGAGAUCAGAAGCAGGGUCUGGGAUAAUUAAACGAGGGGUGUUCAAGUCAAACUGGGACUUUCGAUUCUGUUAAUUGAGUAAAAUCUCCCUUUAUUUCUCUAUACAAUCCCUUUCUACGCUAAUGCACUUGUUUCACUUGUGCUUGGACACCAUCAGGGUGACAUGAUCAGACUGCCUGGUUUAUGUCUAAAGCCCUAGCCUUCCAGGAACUCCCUUAAUGGCUCAGACGUGUAGAAAAGUAAGUUCAGGACUGCCAUGGCAAUAACUACCAGCUCAGUUCCCGUAAUGUACGAGUGGUAUUGGUGAAUGAUUGCGUAUAUCGUUAUUUGAGAAUUUUCAAGUAUCAGGCGUUCUAGCUCUGAGCCACCUCAGCUGAGAGGACGUCAUUUACAGACGUAUGGCCUUCUUUAAAACGUUUGUACGGUUUAAAGUUUUUAUUGCGGCUAAGAGUCUCAUCACCGUACUGUGCUUGAAAUCGUCUGGUUGGUCGUGAUCAUUGAGCAGAAAUCAAUCACGUCAUCACACGUCCCGGUUUGACGUGAACGUCCCUCUUGUUAUAUAGAGCAUUGUGACUGAAUAUCAAAUCCAGAGUGCUGGUGUUAACGGGUGUUAUUAAGACCUGAUCUCUAUUCUUUAAUUAAGCACUACUGGGGCAUCAGUGCUAGUGUACUUGACGUUGAGGUUCGGCAUUUAAAAUGAAAGAAUGAUGUUUAUAUAUUUCUUUUUGUGUUGUUUUAAUUUCCAAGCAGUGCAAAUGCAGUGGUCAUGUAAUUAUGUAUAUAUCCAUGGUCGAUGUAUUCUCGCAGUCCUCGUCCCUGUCGUACCGUCCGGCUGUAACGUGGCUGAUCUAUGCAAUCAUACUCGCAGAUCCCCAAACACAUGCACGCACACGCACGCGUACCGCACCGUGACGAAAUGCUAAGCAGUUUAGCAUCGCUGAUAGUCCAGCGUUUUGUGUUGCAGUGUACAGUAUAGCACAGCUCACUCCUUACGGUCAGUGUAACCUAUGACCUAUACGCGAUCGUAGGCAUUUUAUCAGCUGGAAAAGAUUGAAAGAUGUAUAAUCUAUAAGUGUGUUCCUUUCCUUCUAUUUUCUGAGAUGAUGAAUAAAUGAAUUCCAUAAUAAUGGCAAAUAAACAUGUUUAUGGGAACAGAAUUCCCCAAUGUCUUGUGCAGUUUGUCGGUGUCGGGUUCAGCGGAAUUAAAAUAGUCGCAGAUGUGAUCAGUCAUCACACUCUUCCUCUUGUUACUUCUUGUGUUAUGUUAUUAAAAGUUAUUUUAUAUCAAUAGUUUAUCCACGUGAAGAGAGAAACCUUAUUGAGAGCAACGAGACUUCUGUUUAUUGUUCCAUUACAUAAAAUGAUGUUUUAUUUAAAAAAAAAA